GUCAACGCCAGUGACUGAAUGCGUAGGGACGGGGGCACGGAACUGCUGUAGGGUCGACGAAUUAUUGGACAUGAAGGAGAAAGAUGUAAAUUAAAUAGCGGUUUUAGAAUUGUAGGCUUAAAUUGGCGAUAGCACAGUUACAUGACACGUCACGUUAAAGCGAAUGUUGUAUGAGAACUCGCGGAGGAAGUGCUUUAAUCGCAGUUAGGUAGCGAAUGUAGGAAGAGUUGGGGAGGGCUGUUGCUGCUGGGGUUUUUUUUUUUGGAGAGGGAAAACAACAUGGCCGCGGUGGAGCUCGAAUGGAUCCCAGAAACACUGUACAACACAGCUAUCUCGGCUGUGGUGGACAACUACAGCCGAUCAAGAAGAGACAUACGGUCGCUCCCAGAAAAUAUACAGUUCGAUGUCUAUUAUAAGCUUUACCAGCAGGGCCGGCUCUGCCAGCUGGGAGGAGAGUUCUGUGAGCUGGAGGUGUUUGCUAAAGUACUGCGGGCUUCAGACAAAAGACACCUUCUGCACCACUGCUUUCAAGCGCUAAUGGAUCACGGUGUGAAAGUGGCCUCAGUUCUGGCAAACUCCUUCAGCCGCCGCUGCUCCUACAUCGCAGAGUCUGACGCCCAUGUCAAAGAGAAGGCCAUCCAGUUUGGCUUCGUGCUAGGUGGCUUCUUGUCUGAUGCAGGCUGGUACGGAGAUGCGGAGAAAGUGUUUCUGUCAUGCCUGCAGCUGUGCACACUCCACAGUGAAGUCCUCCACUGCUUCCGGGCUGUGGAAUGCUGUGUCAGGCUGCUUCAUGUCCGCAAUGGCAACUGUAAGUACCACCUGGGGGAGGAGACCUUCAAGCUCGCUCAGUCUUACAUGGACAAACUAGCCAAACAUGGCCACCAGGCCAACAAGGCAGCGCUGUACGGCGAGCUUUGUGCCUUGCUCUUCGCCAAAAGCCACUAUGAUGAGGCAUACCGGUGGUGUAUAGAAGCUAUGAAGGAAAUUACUCCAGGGCUGCCUGUCAAAGUAGUGGUUGAUGUCCUCCGGCAAGCCUCAAAGGCCUGCGUUGUGAAGAGAGAGUUUAGAAAAGCCGAGCAGCUGAUCAAACAUGCAGUGUUUUUAGCAAGAGAACAUUUUGGACACAAGCAUCCCAAGUACUCCGACACGCUGCUAGAUUAUGGAUUUUACUUAUUAAAUGUAGACAACAUAUGCCAAUCAGUUGCUAUUUACCAGACAGCACUGGACAUCCGACAGUCUGUGUUCGGAGGGAAGAACAUCCACGUUGCCACAGCCCAUGAAGACCUGGCCUACUCCUCAUAUGUGCACCAAUAUAGCUCCGGGAAAUUUGACAACGCUCUGUUCCACGCAGAACGUGCCAUAGACAUCAUAACUCACAUUCUGCCUGAGGACCAUCUGCUGCUGGCCUCCUCCAAGAGAGUCAAAGCUCUGAUUCUGGAGGAAAUCGCCAUCGACUGCCACAAUAAAGAGACAGAAGAGCGCCUUCUACAAGAGGCUCAUGACCUGCACCUCUCUUCACUGCAGCUGGCCAAGAAGGCCUUCGGAGAGUUCAACGUCCAGACAGCCAAACACUAUGGCAACUUAGGUCGACUCUACCAGUCCAUGAGGAAGUUCAAGGAGGCCGAGGAGAUGCACAUCAAAGCCAUCCAGAUCAAGGAGCAGCUUCUGGGCCAUGAGGACUACGAGGUGGCUCUGUCUGUGGGUCACCUGGCCUCCCUCUACAACUACGACAUGAACCAGUAUGAAGACGCAGAGAGGCUCUACCUGCGCUCCAUCGCUAUUGGUAAGAAGCUGUUUGGAGAGGGUUACAGUGGGCUGGAGUACGACUACCGAGGCCUAAUCAAACUCUACAACUCAGUGGGAAACUACGAGAAGGUGUUUGAAUACCACAACGUACUGUCUAACUGGAACCGGCUGAGGGAUCGACAGUUUGCCGUGGCAGAUGCCCUGGAGGACGUCAACACUACACCGCAGCAGACCCAGGAGGUGGUACAAGCCUUCCUAUUGGCUCAGAGCCUGGGCCCCACCCGCCCAUGUCUUGGCUGAUUUUAUGAGGGAAGAGAAAGAAGAAGAAGAAAAAAAAAGACACAUGGCUUUGGCCUGGCGAGGACACAUACUAAGCCCAAAUGUGAUGCUUCAGUUGCACACAGUUAAAUAGUAAUGCACAGUAAAGUUCAAGCAUCACUGGCGAGUCAGAUGACUUAAUAGUCACUGCAGCUGUCAGUACAUACACACACUUAUAGUUGUGGAAUAAAAAAAGUAGAGAAGACACCAUUUUCAAACCUCAUCGACAUUCAUUCAAACCAUCAAGAUGCAACUCCAGACAGGAUGCAGCUUCACCCCACAGAGCAGACAGUUGCAUUUCUCCAAGAGAAAGAGGACACACGACUGAGAGGGGGGGAAAGUAAAAGAAGAAAAGAAAAAAUCCCUCAAGCAUCCUGUAAGGAUGACAAAUUCUCUCUCCUCUUCUCCUGUCUCGCUCGCCUUUUUCUUUUCAGUUUGGAAUCGGAGGAGAUUUUUUGCUUUUUGUAUUUGAACCAGUGUAGUUCUGAAUGCCAUGAGACUCAUCCCAGAUCAAAACCAUGUUCUCCAGGGCUAUAUACAGAACAGAAUCUGGACCCCACACACAUCUGUGAAAAACUUGUUUUAACCCACAUCCAUCAUCAUCUCUUGGUGGAUCAAAGACGGAAAAUGUCAGAUAUGUUUGACACUUGUACAGUAAAAUAAUACAGCAGAUUGUACAUUUAAGUUUCAAUUGAAGGCUUCUUCUCUUUGCAAAGGAAUGAAAGUGGACCCUUAUGGUGUUUUUCCAUGCACGUGUGCUGCCUUGGCUCAGUUUGACAGCACAGCAGGGAUUUGCAUCUCCAUUAUAAACACACAAGCCUACCCGCUUGAAGGUGUCUUAAACAGCUUUUCUUGAGUUGAUGAAAGCAGCGUGCUGAUCCAUGGCUGUGACUAGUGGUCAAAGGAGUGACAUUUCCUAUAAAUCCUUGGCCCGACUCGGAGUUGAUCCUUCUCGGGUGCGACUGGCCGUGUUUAAUCUAGUAAUGGAAAUGCAAAUCAGGAGAGGGCUAAAAGCGCCGAUGGAAAAACACCAUAAGAGAACUCCUGUUUUGAACUGCUUGUUGGAGAGAGAUUACAGUACACAGAUACAGUGGAAUGUCUUCACCCAGUGGGUAUAUUGUUACACACAGAACAGGCUUCACAGGUCUUGUUUUCAGUAUAUUUUAGUUCUUUAUUUCAAGCUUAGUACUGACGAUAAUUAAAAAUGCCAAUAAUUUAUAUGCAAAAGUAUGUUUAUGUAGCCCAUUGUGUAUGCUUUUCUUACUGAGUGAGCCAUGAAUUCUGAAGGAACAGCUCAACUCUAUUACUCUAAAACAAGGGACUUGGAUAGGAUGGAAAAGAGGAAGAUGCUAAAUGUACUGAGGCUUGUAAGCCUCUCUUUAUUUGUUCAUCUUAAGGUGUGGCUUCAUGUGUGAGUGUGUAUGUGUGUGUCAGUAAACACAGAUAAAACUCUGGGUGCCCAAAUGCUCCAGUGAUGAUUACUAGCCUUACACCAGCUUGCAGUUAUCUGUAGACGGACCCAUACUUCUAAGUGCUAAAUAAACUAUUAUACCCUUAAGGGCACUACAAUGGGGACCAAUAUUGUGUGUGUGUGUGUGUGUGUGUGUAUGCAUGUGUUGCCAGCCUGUUUACCUGUGCAUCUGGCCUUUCCUCUCUACUCUUUCCUGUCAGAUAUUCCAUUAAUGCAAAGUUCCAGAUACAUUUUUAACUGGACCAUAUUUUUCCAUCAGCCUCCAUCAUACUGACUAUUUAUGUCCAAAAUCCCAUCAGUUGUUUCACCAUAGAGCUUUAAUCAUAAUGACAUUGGAAAAUAACCCUGACCCGAUAAUAUGUUGGUUUAAAUAUCAUGAUGCUGUGAUGCUCACUUUGUUAUAACCCAUACCAGUGUCAUGCUUCAGCUGCUGGUCUACAUGCAGCACUUUUAAAGGAUCAGAUCGCUCAAGUUACUGAAACAAUGCAGCUCUCUUACCUCUAGUGCAGUGGUUCCCAACUAUAUUUGACUAUAGCCAAACCAAUAGUGGACUUGUAAGGGUAAUACAAAUACUGACAUUUAAGAGUUUA